AUACUUCUAAAAAAAUUUCAAAUGAUUCUUCUAAAAAUAAUUCAGAUUCUUCUAAAAAUUCAUUUGAAAUAGAAAGUAAAAAUGAUGAUGAUUCAAGUAUUAAAUCUUUAAUUAUACCUCCACAACCUAAAGCUAAACCUAUAAAAUAUAUAAAUUCUGAAUCAUUAUUUGAUUAUAAAGCAAGAGUAGAUUUAUCAUGGGAAGAAAUCAAAAAUUCAUGGGAAGAUUAUUUUGGAACAUCAUUUAAAUUGGAUUUUAGUGUAACAAAAAAAUCUAUACAAGCUGCAUUAAGAGAUAUACCAAUAUUACAUACAAAUGAAACAUAUCCAAUACUUGAAUUAUAUGAAUGGGAACAAAAAUUUAAAUAUUGGUUAACUUUAUUUGAUUCUGCAGAUAUAGAG